AAGCUUGGGUCUGGUCAUGGAGAGAGAAAGCAUAAUGCAUCAAACUUGAGGGUAUAUUAAUGAAUCAGUCCUCAGCUUGUGGGAUCGGAGUGGUUUCUUUCUUUAUGUACAUGAUGAGGAGCGCUGUGGAUCGUAUCAGUGGUAUUCUCUACACAUAUAUGUAGAAAUCGCUUCUGCACACUGGCACUGUCAAUGGACGUUUGUGUGCUGGCUCAUAUAGCCUUGUCAUUUUUUUCGGCAGCUCGGAAGAAUCAAAGCAUUGUGGCUAUUGGAACUGGCCUCCUUUUCUGUAUUUAUAAGGAACGAUAGAGAAGAGGGGAAAAUGUCGAUUACCACGAGUCCCGAGGCGGUGAGGAAAUUGUUGGAGAACAUGCAGACGGACCUGCGCUCACUGUCCAUGGAGUGCAAGAAGAAAUUCCCCCCUGUUAAAGAGGCUGCUGAGUCUGGUAUUGUGAAAAUUAAGACGAUAGCUGCCAGAAACACAGACAUCCUUGCUGCUCUAAAAGAGAACAGCUCUGAGGUGGUGCAGCCGUUCCUGAUGGGAUGUGGAACCAAAGAGCCCAAAAUCACCCAGCUGUGUCUAGCUGCCAUUCAAAGACUCAUGUCUCAUGAAGUCGUGUCAGAGGCAGCAGCAGGAAACAUCAUUAACAUGCUGUGGCAGCUGAUGGAGAAUGGCCUGGAGGAGCUGAAGUUACUACAGACCGUUCUAGUACUGCUUACCACCAACACUGUAGUUCAUGAUGAAGUUUUGUCAAAGGCUAUCGUGUUGUGUUUCCGUCUGCACUUCACUAAAGACAACAUCACCAACAACACAGCAGCGGCUACAGUCAGACAGGUCGUCACUGUGGUGUUUGAGAGGAUGGUUGCAGAGGACGAGAGGUUUAAAGGCAUUGCAGAGCAGCCUCCCACUGUCCACGCCAACAGUAACCGCAGAUCUGUCAGCACCCUCAGACCAAGUGCAAAAGAUGCCUACAUGCUUUUUCAGGACCUGUGCCAGUUGGUGAAUGCGGAUGCCCCUUACUGGUUGGUAGGAAUGACCGAGAUGACUCGCACGUUUGGCCUGGAACUCCUGGAGUCGGUUUUAAAUGACUUUCCUGGAGUGUUUCUACAGCACCAGGAGUUUAGUUUCCUGUUGAAGGAGCGUGUGUGUCCUCUGGUGAUCAAGCUCUUUUCACCCAACAUCAAGUUCCGACAGGGCAGCAGCAGCAGUUCGGCAUCACCAGUCCCAGUGGAGAAACCCUACUUUCCUAUCUGCAUGCGCCUGCUGCGGGUGGUCUCGGUACUUAUCAAGCACUUUUACAGCCUGCUGGUGACUGAGUGUGAGAUCUUCCUGUCUCUGUUGGUGAAAUUUCUGGAUGGUGAAAAGCCUCAGUGGCUCAGAGCAGUGGCUGUUGAGUCGGUACAUAGGCUAUGUGUUCAGCCACAUCUGCUACGGUCUUUCUGCCAGUCCUAUGACAUGAAGCAGCAUUCUACCAAAGUGUUCAGAGACAUCGUCAAUGCUCUCGGCUCCUUCAUCCAGUCUCUCUUCAUUGUACCCAGCAUGGGAAAUGCCUCUACCAACACACCAGCAGGUAGUUCAGCAUCUGGUGCCCAGGCUUCAGCACAAGGAGGGGCAGGAGCAGCUUCUGGCACUGGGGGUUUGAGCACCCAGGCUGCUUUUGAGUACCGUGGAAUGUGGAUCCCAUUACUCAACAUCAGCAUACAGGGCAGCGCCAAGGCCACAUAUUUAGAGAUGUUGGAUAAGGUGGAACCACCUUCUAUCCCUGAGGGCUACGCCAUGUCUGUGGCCUUUAGUGCCCUGCUCGACCUAGUGCGGGGAAUCACCUCGAUUAUCGAGAAAGAGCUAGCCAAAGAGGAAGAGACGGCAGCUGCCAAGAAGGAGGCAGAGCCAUGUCUCCCAACACAGAGUGAAGAUAAUCAACAGGAGCCACAACCCCAUCAGGUGUGGGAGGAGAUGGUCAGUGCAUGCUGGUGUGGUCUGUUGGCAGCUCUUUCUCUUCUUCUGGAUGCUAGUACGGAUGAGACAGCUACAGAAAACAUUCUGAAGGCUGAGCUGACGAUGGCGUCUUUGUGCGGUCGUCUCGGGCUUGUGACUCCUCGAGAUGCCUUCAUCACUGCCAUCUGUAAAGCCUCACUGCCCCCACACUAUGCCCUCACUCUGCUCAGUAGCACCGCAGCCAGCCUCUCCAACAAAACAUACUCUAUUCAAGGUCAGAAUGUGCAGAUCAUCAGUCCAACCAGCGAAUCUCAUCAGCAGGUUGUGGCAGUAGGACAGCCUCUCAGUGCCCAACCACAGGGCCCUGUAGUGCUCACAGCCAAAAACAUCCAGUGUAUGCGGACUCUAUUGAACCUAGCUCACUGUCACGGGGCUGUAUUGGGAACCUCCUGGCAGCUAGUGCUCGCUACUCUGCAGCAUCUGGUAUGGAUUCUUGGCCUAAAGCCUGGACUCAGAGGAGCGCUGAAACCUGGAAGAGCUGUGGAGGGCCUUAGCACUGUUCUGACAACAGCUGUAAUGACAGACCUUCCAGUUAUUUCCAACAUCCUCUCCAGACUGUUUGAAAGCUCUCAGUAUCUGGAUGAUGUCUCCCUUCAUCAUCUGAUCAAUGCUUUGUGUUCAUUGUCCAUGGAAGCAAUGGAGAUGGCUUACGGCAACAACAAGGAACCAUCUCUGUUUGCCGUGGCUAAGCUGUUGGAGACAGGCCUGGUGAAUAUGGACCGCAUUGAGGUCCUGUGGAGACCUCUCACUGCACACCUACUGGAGGUGUGUCAGCAUCCUAACACACGAAUGAGGGAGUGGGGAGCUGAAGCCAUCACAUCUCUAAUAAAAGCUGGGCUCACCUACAAGCAUGAGCCUUCACUUUCCCACAACCAGAGACUGCAGCUGCUGUUGUUGAACCCUCUGAAAGAGCUGUCGAACAUUGUGCACCCUGAUAUUAGACAAAAGCAGCUUGAAUGUGUGCUCCAGAUUCUGCAGAGUCAGGGCGACAGCCUUGGUCCAGGGUGGCCUUUAGUGCUGGGGGUCAUUGGUGCUAUUCGCAAUGACCAGGGUGAAUCCCUAAUCAGAACAGCUUUCCAGUGCCUGCAAUUAGUGGUGACAGACUUUCUACCCACCAUGCCAUGCUCGUGCCUCCAGAUUGUCGUGGAAGUAGCUGGCAGCUUCGGCCUUCAAAACCAGGAACUGAAUAUCAGCCUGACCUCCAUAGGGCUUUUGUGGAACAUCUCAGAUUAUUUCUUCCAACGUGGAGAGAUCAUUACAGAGGAGCUGGAGAAGGAGGAGGCACUUCAGCUAAAACAGGCCUCUGAAAAGGGCGAGCCUCUGAAUAGACCCUUUCAUCCUGCUCCCCCUUUUGAUUGUCUGUGGUUGUGUCUUUAUGCCAAGCUGGGUGAACUGUGUGUGGAUCCACGACCUGCUGUAAGGAAAAGUGCAGGCCAAACUAUGUUCUCAACUAUUGCUGCUCACGGAACCCUGUUACAACAACCCACGUGGCACAUAGUGGUGUGGAAGGUUUUAUUUCAUUUACUGGACUGUGUAAGGAAGUCGUCCACUACUGCCGAUAAGGAGAAGAUUGAAUCAGGGGGAGGAAACAUUCUUAUUCACCACUCACGGGACACGGCAGAGAAGCAGUGGGCGGAGACAUGGGUCCUGACCCUGAGCGGUGUUGCACGGAUCUUCAACACCAGAAAAUACCUGCUGCAGCAAUUGGGUGAUUUCUUUAAAGCAUGGGAGGUGCUGUUAGACCACAUCCAGUCCGCAGCUCUCAGCAAAAACAAUGAAGUCUCUCUGGCUGCUCUCAAGAGUUUCCAAGAGAUUCUUCAGCUCGUCACACCCAUCAAAGACAUGGAAAAACCAGACGCUUUAAUGGCUGUGGACAUUCCUCCUGUCCCUCUGGUGGACUCCCUUACAUCCUCAGGCCCAGGAAGACCCCUUUCCCGCUCGGACUCUGUAGCGGAGCGACUAGCUCAGCGUUACAAUGCCCAGCCUCAGCCUCCUCCUCCCGGAGAAGAGCAGGAUGACUCUGCACUGUGGUGGUCAGCAUGGAAUACGUGGUACAGGACAGGCACGGAGUGUACCAGGCCGCCGAGUGGCAGUGCUGAUAAACUGGCUUUUGUACCCAGUCAGCCCUUCCUGACAGCUCUUAUCCAGAUCUUUCCUGCUUUAUACCAGCACAUAGCAGUGGGCUUUAGCAUGGACGACCUGCGUAAGCUGGGUGUUAUACUGCACGGGGCUGUGUCAGUACCCAUCAGCUCAGACGCCUCUCCGUUCAUUCUGCCCUCCUAUACGGAAGCUGUGCUCACCAGUCUACAGGAGGCUGUUCUUAUAGCGCUGGAUGUGCUGCAAAAGGCAAUUUGUGUGGGCCCUGAGAGCCUGCAGGUUAUGUACCCUGCCAUCUUCGAGCAGCUCCUGCAGUUUGUCGAGUUCUCUUGCAAGCCGCCAAGUUAUGGCAAAAUGGAAACCAAACAUGUGGCUAACGCUAAAUAUAACCAGGCAGAGUGGGUGGCAUUAAACUAUGUGCCGUUCGCAGAGAGGUCUCUCGAGGUAGUGGUGGACUUAUAUCAUAAAACUGCCUGUCACAAGGCUGUUAUCAGUGAGAAAGUCUUACAAAACAUCAUUAAGACUUUGAGGAUGCCUUUAGGCCUGAAGUACUCAUGUCCUGCUGAGAGCACAUGGAAGCUGGCAGUCUCCUCCCUGCUCAAAGUUCUCUCUAUUGGCCUCCCAGUUGCCCGACAACAUGCCUCCUCUGGCAAAUUUGACACAAUGUGGCCUGAACUGGCCAAUGCCUUUGAGGACUUCCUCUUCACCAAAAGCACACCUCCUGAUAACCUGUCCAUUCAAGAGUUCCAGAGAAAUGAAGCCAUUGAUGUAGAGGUGGUGCAGUUGAUCAGUACAGAAAUCCUGCCCUAUGCCAAUUUCAUCCCCAAAGAAUUUGUAGGUCAGAUCAUGGCCAUGCUGAACAGAGGAUCCAUUCACUCCCAGCCCUCAUCAUUUACAGAAGCUGAGAUUGAUAUCCGAAUGAGAGAAGAGUUCUCUAAAGUGUGUUUUGAGACACUGCUACAGUUCUCCUUCAGUAAUAAAGCAAGCACGCCGCAGGAAGGCUACAUCUCCCGCAUGGCCCUUUCGGUGCUGCUGCAUAGAGCUCAGGACGUUCUGAGGCGGUAUGUAGAAGACGAGAAACUCAGCGGUCACUGUCCUUUGCCAAGGCAACAAGUGACUGAGAUUAUCUUUGUCUUAAAAGCCGUAAGCACGCUAAUGGAUUCCCUCAAAAAGACACAACCAGAGAAUGUGGAUGGAAAUACCUGGUUGCAAGUUAUUGCUCUGUACCCCACUCUAGUGGAGUGCAUCACCUGUUCAUCUCCUGAGGUCAGCUCUGCUCUGAAGGAGGCUCUGGGGCCUUUCAAAGACUUAAUGCAACCACCAGUGGCCAAAGUGCAGAAUGGCGAGUCAUGAUCUACCACACCUUACCAGCUUCUAUCCAACCGGAACCGUGAAUGUGAUACAUCACACCAGACACAUGGACUCGGUCUCGCCCCAGCAAGCAUCUUAUUGCCUGCCUUCAUGGCAACUAGGCCCCACUGUGUAGAGCUUCUUCUAACAGAAAUGUAAAUGUUAUUACAAUUGGAUGUCUGGGUGGUAAUUACUGCUACAUAACAAAUGCGGCAUUCAUUGUUUUUAUCUUUUUUCAUUUUCUCAUUUACUUCCCCCUUUACAUUUUUCUUUACCACAACAGGAAUUUAUGUACAGUGUGUGGUGAUAGUGUUAAUGAUGUAACAAAGAUAUACAUAUUCAACAUUAAUAAUCUUCAAACUGAGAAUGGUUUUAAAACACAUUGAUUAAUAAAAAGUCUUUUUGUGGCAUUUUUUCAACUGCAAAGAAUUUUAUGCAAGAACUGAUUGUAACAUUCCAUGUCAUCUUUAGUAAGCUAAAAACGGGACUUAACCCUGUGUGUAAAAUAAACGGUACAGUUCUGUGAA